AUGCUAUUACUGAGACGGCGAUUCACCUACUGGUCUCGUCAGGGUGUGCCCGGACCAAAAUACAUUGAGUACAGAGGCUUUACAAAUGUACACCACGAGCACACACUGGAAGCCGUCAAUAAAUACGGCAAAGUGUACGGCGCCUACUCAUUCACGGGCACACAUUUAGUAUUGAACGAACCCGAUCUGCUCCGAGACGUUAUGGUGAAAGACUUUCACGUGUUCCCCAAUCACAAAAUAUUUCACCUUGGUAGCUCCAAAAUUGACCAGAGUCUGUUUUUCCUACCCGGUGAUGAUAACUGGCGACGCGUGCGCUCUAUACUAUCGCCGGUGUUUACAUCGGGUAAACUCCGGGCGAUGUUGGGACACAUCGGCGGCAUUUCCGACGGUUUGGUCGAGAAUUUAUCACAAUUUGAGAAAAAAGGUGAAUCAGUAGAUAUGCGUAAAUACGUGGGCGCGUUUGCAAUGGAUGUGAUCAGUGCCUGCGCUUAUGGCAUAGAUGUCAAGUCUAUUGAUAAUCCCAACCAUCCGGUGGUCACAAACGCGUCAAAGAUAUUGAACGCCGACGCGGCCAAACGGCGCACGGAUUUUAUACAAUUAAUGAUAGACUCGGAAAAGUCAGACAAAGAGUUGGGUUAUUAUUCCGGUAGCGAACCGGAAGUGGACGACGAGUCCAUUGGUGGGCAGUUGCCUAAGAAAGUUGUGGGAACCCUAACACCGGAUGAGAUGGUAGCGCAGGGUUUGCUGUUUUUCAUCGCCGGUUACGACACGACAUCCGCCGCCAUAACACACGCCUUAUACUACUUGUCUGAACACAAAGACUGUCAGCAAAAACUAUACGAAGAGUUGCGAACUUGCGAUGAGUUUACGUACGAAAAGUUAUCGCAAUUGAAAUACUUAAACGCAGUUCUCAGUGAAACACUACGUCUCGCGCCUUCACUAACACGUGUUCAACGAGAAUGCCUUCAGGACUAUAAACUCGGAAAUACCGGUAUUACAGUCCCAAAAGGGGCAACGGUUGAAAUCUUGCCGUACGCUUUGCACAGACAGGCAGACCUGUGGCCCAACCCUAACGACUUCAUACCCGACCGUUUCCUAAACCCAGUACACCAUCCGUACGCUUACAUACCCUUUGGUGGCGGACCCAGACUUUGUAUU